AUGCCGCCCAAGAAGGACGCGAAAUCCUCGGCAAAGCAGCCUCAGAAAACACAGAAGAAGAAGGAAGGAUCUGGCGGCGGCAAAGCAAAAAAGAAGAAGUGGUCCAAAGGAAAAGUACGUGAUAAGUUAAAUAACCAGGUGUUGUUUGACAAACCAACAUAUGAAAAGCUGUACAAGGAAGUACCACAAUACAAGCUUAUCACUCCUGCAGUGGUCUCUGAAAGAUUGAAGGUUAGAGGGUCCCUUGCCAGGAGGGCACUCAUCGAAUUAAGAGAAAAAGGCUUGAUCAAGCAAGUAGUGCAGCACCAUGGUCAGGUGAUAUACACAAGAGCAACAAAGGGUGAUGAUCCUGUCGCU